UAUUGAUAAACUGCUAUACAGCAAGCAUUAAAUAAACAGUCUUGAUAUUCACUGUUUGUGUCACUGAGGAUAUCUAAAUGAAAAUUUUCGUGAUUUGUAAACAUGCAAACAGAAGAAACAUUCAAAAGCCGCAGAUUUAUUCCACAGAGCAAUAUCAAGAAUAACAGCGGAGCCAGUGGUUAUAAAUCCGUGGUAUUGGAAUCAAAAUCGAACAAUUUUGUGCCAGCAUCAAAUCGCCGUGUUAAUUGCGCGACUGGUUUGCAGACGAAUGGUGAAAAGGACUUAGAAGGUGACGGAUUUGAACAUGGAGUAAAAGUUAGCCAUCAUUUGUUGGAUGAUGAUUUUAUUAAAGUGAUUGUUACAGGACCUGAAGGACAUGUUGACGUUGGGGGGAUAAGUACCAGCGAAAAUGAAUCUUUUAUUGAUCAAGAUGUGAGAAGAAAACGGACUUGGAGAAAAACAAGAAACAAUUACAAAAACAGAAGAAUUUCAAGACAACAAAAAUACACAUUACAUAAUUCGUUAAAGAAGCCGUUUCAAUUUUCGUCAGCAGGAAGUUCAGAUGACACUGAAUUAAGUGAUAAUGCUUUUAGUGAUAGCGAAGUGUAUCACAAUCGGUUGUUUAACAAGCCUAAUUACACCGAUAAGAGUCAUUCGGAUUUAGGGCACGAGAGCCCGAAAGCAUACUUACCUUCUUGGAUUCAAAACGCAACGAAAACAACAGACAUGGCGUCGAAACAAGUAGCUCCCGAAAAAGGAAAUCCAACGAAUAUCGACGCUUUCAUCGGUAUUGGUUCUUGGAAUAUUUCAGAUUCAAGGCGAGUUAUGAAUGAACAAAAGAAGGUACACGAGAAGAAGUCAGUGGAAGACUCGUAUUUAAAGCCAAGGCAACGCCGCCAUGAGGACGUUGAAAAAGAAUAUCUCAAGCUGAGACAUGAAAUUUACGCAGAAGCUAGCUCCUCUGGGAAACCUCCGAAUGAUCAGUAUUCACUCCCUGACACUCGACAUGCCUCAAGCCCGGUCUCAUUGACCUCAACCAGAACACAAGUUGAGAAACAUGACUAUCUAUUUGAUACCGACUCACUAGGGAUGAAUCAUUUCAAGAAACAUAUUCAAAAUGUAAAACAAAGUAGCAAACGGCAUAAGAGACAGAUGCGAUUAAAGGAACAAAUGCUAAAACAAAAUAAAGGAAAGUCUACAAUAAAUUUCAUACCUAUAUAUGAAACAUAGUCAUAGUAUUUAAUUGUUUUUUGUUAUUGCUUUUAAUUUGCUGGUGCAUAAUAUAAGUUAUUUUAUUUUUUUACACGUUUGUCUUAUGUAUGCUAUUGUUUGUGUUACGUAAUAU